GCGCUAGCCACAAGCUAUAGUAACGUUUUAUCUUUUCACACCUUCGCAUGUGGAAAUUUUAGAACGGACGCGAAGUAUACAGUACUAUUGUGUAUUAGGACGAACGCGAAACUUACAAAAAUACGGAUAUUAAAUUGUGUAAAAUUGAUUUACGAUAUCAAAUUUAACGCUUCACAUAAGUUUGAGGAUUAAUAAUUUUCAAAAAUGCAUAUACGAGUGAUUGUAUCCAUACUUUUUGCAUUUGUGCUGAUUGUUGCCAAUUUUUGUGCAACUACUGAGGCGAGAAAAGUGAUCUUCUAUAAUCAACAGCCCUCGGUAAAGAAAAGUCAGUUGCUUUCGACGCAGAUAAUGUCACAACCAUGUCCAAGGGGCAAAAUGCGUGAUCAUCGCAAUCGGUGUAGACGUGCCGUUAUAUUUAGUAGAAAACCAAAAUAAAAGGCACACGGUAUACACUAAUUGUCGAAUAGUAUGCUUGAUAUCAUUACCAGUGGGUGUUAUCAUAUCGAAUUCAUCGAAUGGAACUUUUAUCGCUCAAGAUCCCAUGCCACUCCGUUGCCUUCGGCGAAGACAUAAGCCAGUGGAAGACUUUAAUUUAUAAGUUUAUGUUUAUAUUUU